AUGGCGGGCUUCCUGAAGUCGUCCGACCUCGGGCCGCACCCGCACGGUUACGGGUCCGCCCAUCAUCCGCACCAUGCCCACCCGCAUGGACCUUUACCGCCCGGAAUGCCUAUGACAUCGUUAGCCCCGUUCGGUCUUCCCCACGGGCUAGAUGCUGUAGGAUUUCCGCAAGGUAUGUGGGGCGUGAACCCACGAAAGCAACGCCGCGAGCGAACCACCUUCACCCGGGCACAGCUGGACGUGCUGGAGGCCCUUUUCGGCAAGACACGCUAUCCGGACAUUUUCAUGCGCGAGGAGGUGGCACUAAAGAUCAACCUUCCUGAAUCUAGAGUACAGGUUUGGUUCAAGAAUCGACGUGCCAAGUGCCGGCAGCAACUCCAGCACCAGUCCUCGUCCAAUCUCAACAGCAGCAAAUCGUCCGGUGGUGGAGGCUCCAGCGGGUCAUCCCGUGGUGGCGGGUCUGGUCAAACCGGCGGCAACAGUGGCCCUUCCGGGGCCGGUUCAGGCUCGUCCGGUGGCACCAAAAGCUCGCUGGUGAACGCGAACAACAAACCGACGAUUAAGCACACGCCGAUGAACAGCAGCCAUGGGGCGGGCGGCGCAAGUGGGCCCGGUUCCGGUCCAACCGGUGGCAACAAUGGCGGAGCGGGUGGUGGUGCGGGUGGUGGUGGUGGUGCUCCGACAAACCCGGCCGGACCCGGACACAAUGGGCCGCUCGGUUUGAGCCACAGCAAUGCCUCACCGAUACUGCCGAUCACACCGUCGACCUCCGUCAGCCCGCCGAUCAACGUGAUCUGCAAGAAGGAACAGCCCUCGUCCUACCACCAUGGAGCGGGCGGUGGUGGUGGUGGCGGUGGAGGCGGCAACGAAGGCGGCGCGGGCAUGAAGCCCACCGGGUACGACCUGCUGAAGGACUCGGAGCUGAACCUCGCGCACCAUUCGUCCUCCGCCUACGUUAACAUCAACUCGCGGCUAGGGCAGUCGCUCAACUCGGCCGGUGUCGUCGGAGGCGGUGUCGGAGGUGUCGGAGGCGGUGUCGGAGGUGUCGGAGGUGGUGUCGGAGGUGUCGGAGGUGGGCUCGGAGGUGUCGGUGUCGGGGUGGGUGGUGGCGGUGCCGGCGGGUUAGGCAAUGGACCGUCCGCUGGCAACCUGACACCACUUGGGUCGAACUCCUCCAUCAUGACGACACCGUCGCCACCGAUCACACCGCAGACAUCCCACAAUCCGCUCUCGUACGUGCCGAACCACGAGACGUACAACUUCUGGCACAACCAGUACCAGCAGUACCCGAACAACUACAACACGCCGUCCUACUACAGCCAGAUGGACUACUUCCAGAACCAGAACCAGAGCAACUACAACAUGGGCCACACCGGCUACACCACGUCCGCCAACUUUGGGCUCGCGUCGACGUCCGCACUCGCCGGUCCGAUGGGCUCGCAAACCUUCAGUCCGAACGGGCUCGAUUACAUGAACCCGCAGGAUAAGUACGUCAACAUGGUGUAA